AUGUUAAAGGCCGACUACGGCUACGGUAGGACUGAAGGUCGCGUUAUCGCGUCAAUACCUCGUCAACACAGCGGUUUCGACAGGUCGUACUUCUAUAAAAAAAGACCGCUGAGUCUCAACGUCGUGAACAUUCGACUUCUUGUGGCGUACGGUUUCUCCGUCUUCACUGAUCAGUGGGAAUUAAAUGUGAUGAAAUGGCAGGAGACAGCGAUGCGAACGACGAAGCAUCUGUAUGGUGGAACACAGCCAAAAAUGAUAACGCUUGGUGGCACUCAUUCGCUAGGGCCAUAG